UAUUUGAACAGUCGCGGACAGACGACGCGGCGUCACACACAGUAUUGCAAUAACCUUAUUAUCGAAAAUAAUCUCUGUGUGUAGUUAUUGUGAAUACCAAUGAGUCAUUAGAUAUUUUUAUAUUGUCUGAUUGCGUUUGUUAUUGUAUACAAGGAUUUGCAAUCAACGAGUGGAGUAGUAGUGAUUGGGCAUAUUAUUCAGAACACGAAUAUAUUAGAUUAAAAAAGCAAUGGGCAGCACACAGUCGUUUCCUGGUUUGACAGAGGAUAUGCUUGAGGACUACAGUUCUCUCACAUAUUUGACGAAAGGAGAAAUCCUGUAUUUGAUGAAAAAGUUUUAUUCUAUAAAUCCAGAAAAAGUACAAAAGGAUUUCCACCACAGAUUUAGUAAGGAAGAUAUAUUGACCAAAUUCCCUGUAUUGGAGAACAAUCCGUUUUUAGACCGGAUAUUCAGUGUUUUUUCCUCUAAAGGCGAUGACUGUUUCUCUUUUGAAGACUUAGUGGAUUUAUGUUCGGCCAUGAGUUACGAAUGUCCAGCUGAUGUAAAAGCCGCUUGGGCGUUUAGGAUAUUUGACCUAGAUGAUGAUGGCCAGAUUACUACUAAAGAUAUCGGGCAAAUCGUGGACCGUUUGACGUUGGGCGUCACUGGUAACCGCGACCAUUACAUCGAUGAGACAUCUAAGGAUAAAAUCGCUAAAGUUAUCCUGGAUGAAAUAAAUUUUGAUAAGAGCGGAGGUAUCGGACAGAUUGAAUUCAAGCUUAUCAUGGCCAGAAUACCUGAGUUCGCAACAUCAUUUUAUUUCAGGCUCUAAGCCAGGGGUUCCCAACAUUUACCUGGGCAAGGACUACUUUUAAAAUUCUUGUUAAGUUAGGGACCUAUUAAUAUUACUAUUUUCAUGUAGUCCCACACUCUGGUUUUAUCAUUCAGUUUUAAAUAUAGUGACUUGAGUUUUUCAUUUGCUUCUGUUAUGUGUCUCCUUCGAGAUAAGUUUAAUUUGAGCUGUAACUAAGAUAUUUAAUAGUGGACAGAGCUGUAGUUUUGUGUAUUUCCUUUUUGUAAUUUAGCGGCCCAUGUUUUCGCUCCUGCGGACCACCGAUUGGGAACCACUGCUAUAUGUUAACUAAGCUAUGUAUUAAUUUAAGAAUCUACCUUUAUAACAAGAGUUAUAACAACAUGUAUUUAAUAAAGUUUUCGAAUUGUU